AGUUCCAUAUUAUAACAAGUUACAGACUGAAAAACAUGUCAAUAAAUUUGUUUACCUUUUAAAAAUUUCAAUAAUCAUUGUAUUUUCUUACAAUAUAAGGUAAAAUUAUAGAAAAUGUUCACUGUGAACAAAAUGCGAUUAAUAUAGUUCUAUAUUAAUUAAUGUCCUAAUAAUAUAUCUAAACCUAUUUUGAUUUAUUCUGUAUAAAGUAACCAUUCGAAAAUAUAUUAAAAAUAAUAAAGUCUAUUUCGUGUCAGCGAAAACAUGAAACUGUAUUGUUUAAGUAGCGACGCGGCCAAGCCAUGCUUCGUGUUAUCGUUCAAGGAGCUCUUGAUCAUGUUAGACUGUGGAUUGUCAGCGCACUCCGUGUUGAACUUCCUUCCACUACCACCAGUACCAAGUACAAGACUUGCCUCACUGCCCAACUAUACUCCACCACAUGUCAACGACCCUCUACUAGAAGGGGAACUCAAGGAAUGCUGCGGUCGUGUCUUUGUGGAUAGUGUACCAGAAUUCUGUCCACCCCUCGAUAAGGUGGUAGACUUCUCCCAGCUGGACGUCAUUCUAAUAUCCAACUACACCUGUAUGAUGGCUCUGCCCUUCAUAACGGAAGACACGGGUUUUAAAGGACAAGUUUACGCGACCGAGCCCACUCUCCAGAUAGGCAGGUUCUACCUCGAGGAGCUCUCGGAGUGGGUGUCGGGGAGCGGCGGCGGCGCGGGCGCGGCCAAGAGAUGGAAGGAGCUCGUACACUUGUUACCGCCGCCUCUGGCCUCUGCGCUCCGGCCGCGAGCCUGGCGUCGCCUGUUCUCGCCCGGGGCUCUAGCGCGCGCUCUGUCGAGGGUUCGGGUCGUGGGCUACGACGAGCGAGUCGACAUCUACGGUGCGCUCGACGCCACAGCCGUCAGCUCGGGGUUCUGCCUCGGCUCCGCGAAUUGGGUUCUGCGGUCGGCGCACGAAAAGGUGGCUUACGUGAGCGGCUCCAGCACCCUGACCACUCACCCGCGACCCAUCAACCAGGCUGCGCUGCGAGGCGCCGAUCUCCUGGUGCUGGCCGCGCUGACGCAGACUCCGGCGCACAACCCCGACCACAUGUUGGGAGACCUGUGCGUGCACGCCACCGUGACACUGCGGGCGGGCGGCUCCGUGCUGUGUCCGGUGUACCCGAGCGGCGUGCUCUACGACUUGUUGGAGUGUCUCUCGGCUCACCUGGAAGGCGCGGGCCUAGCUCACGUGCCGCUGUACGUGGUCUCGCCCGUCGCCGACUCCUCCUUGGCUUAUAGUAACAUCCUCGCGGAGUGGGUAUCGGUGGGUAAGCAGGCGCGCGUCUACCUCCCCGAGGAGCCAUUUCCUCACGCGGCACUCGUCCGCGCGGGCCGCCUCAAGCACGCCCGCUCCCUACACGACGACGCCUUCAGCGCGGACUUCCGUCAGCCCUGCGUCGUAUUCUGCGGUCAUCCGAGUCUGCGGUUCGGAGCGGCCGUCCACCUCGUUGAGCUCUGGGCGAACAAUCCCGCUCACGCCAUAAUAUUUACCGAGCCGGACUUCCCUCACGCUGAGGCGCUCGCCCCCUUCCAGCCACUGAGCAUGAAGGCCUUCCACUGUCCGAUAGACACGUCCCUCAACUACUCACAGGCCAACAAGCUGGUCCGCGAGCUGCGGCCGCGCGAGUUGGCCCUGCCCGAGCAGUAUGCGGCGUCCGGCGGGACGGCGGCGGGCGGCGGGGCGGCGGCGAGCGGCGGGGCAGGCGGAACGAGACCUCACAUCGGCGCUGACGUGCCGACUGUGGUGGUCCGGCGCGGAGCCGCGCGGUCUCUGGGCGUACGGCGGCGGGCGGCGCGCGCCACUCUCUGCGGGUCCUUGGCCGCGCGCGCCUCCCCCCGGGAGCUCCGGGCCGGUCUGCGCGCAGCGCCCUUGACAGCCGCCUUGCGCGUGCGUGACGCGCGCCUCGAGCUUGUAGCACCGGCGGCGUGCGGAACUCCCGGCACGGAGGCAGCCCCGGCGCCCGUCCUACACUGGAGCGCCCUGGACGUGGAAGCGCUGGUGCGGGCGCUGGCAAGGGAGGGCGUGUCGGAGGCGCGGGUAGAGGCGGGCGCGGACGGCUGUAUAGUGCAUCUCCCGCGACACGACACGCUGGUCCACGUCGAGCGCCACGCCACUCACGUGUUCUGCGAGGGUCGCUCGGACGUGCGUCAGGCGCUGAGACGGGCGCUGGCCGCGUGUCUGCCACACAUCUAAACGAUUACUUCCCCAAUAAAGCCACCGUUGUUCAAAAAA